AUGGGGAAGGUGGCAGUGACAGCGACGGUGGUGUGCGCGGCGGCCGCCUGUGCGGUGGCGGCGCUGAUGGUUCGGAAUCGUAUGAAGAGCCGGGGAAAGUGGGCCAAGGCUAUAGCCAUACUUAAGGAGCUGGAGGAGAAGUGUGCGACUCCCACGGCCAAGCUCCGGCAGGUUGCUGAUGCUAUGACCGUCGAGAUGCACGCCGGCUUAGCUUCUGAAGGCGGAAGUAAACUUAAGAUGCUUAUCACCUACGUUGAUAACCUCCCCACUGGGGAUGAGAAAGGGUUAUUUUAUGCCUUGGACCUCGGGGGUACAAACUUCCGAGUCCUCCGUAUUCAUUUGGGGGGUAAAGAAAAUCGUGUUAUAAAAAAAGAAUUUGAAGAACUUUCAAUUCCUCGACACUUGAUGGUUGGUUCAUCAGAGGCAUUAUUUGAUUUUAUAGCUACUGCCCUAGCAAAUUUUGUGGCCAAAGAAGAUGAAGAUUCUCGUCCGCUGCCUGGUAGGCAACGGGAGCUGGGUUUUACUUUUUCAUUCCCUGUUAGGCAAUUGUCCGUAGCAUCAGGAACUCUUAUCAAAUGGACAAAAGGCUUCUCAAUAGAAGAAACGGUUGGACAAGAUAUUGUCGGAGAGUUGACGAAAGCAAUGGAAAGGGUGGGCCUUGAUAUGCGUGUGGCUGCAUUGGUAAAUGAUACAGUUGGGACCCUAGCAGGAGGUCGGUAUGAAAACCCCGAUGUGGUCGCUGCUGUAAUUCUAGGUACAGGAACUAAUGCAGCAUAUGUGGAGCGAGCACAUGCAAUUCCAAAGUGGCACGGUCUUCUGCCUAACUCUGGGGAGAUGGUAAUUAAUAUGGAAUGGGGUAGUUUUCGGUCAUCACAUCUUCCCUUAACUGAGUAUGACCAGAGUCUUGAUGCUGACAGUUUAAACCCAGGGGAACAGAUUUUUGAGAAGACUAUAUCUGGUAUGUAUCUGGGUGAAAUUGUGCGUAGAGUGCUCUGCAGAAUGGCAGAAGAGGCUGAAUUUUUUGGUGAUGUUGUCCCUCCAAAACUCCAGAAACCGUUUACACUAAGGACUCCUGAUAUGUCUGCCAUGCAUCAUGACACGUCUCCGGAUCUCAAAGUGGUUGGCAGUAAACUAAAGGAUAUUUUAGAGAUUCCUAAUUCUUCACUGAAAGUACGGAAAGUAAUUGUUGAAGUUUGUGAUAUUGUCGCUUCACGUGGAGCACGCCUCUCUGCUGCUGGGAUUUUAGGAAUUCUGAAAAAAUUGGGAAGAGAUACUCCAAAGGAAGGCGAGAAACAGAAGUCAGUCAUAGCUAUGGAUGGUGGGCUGUUUGAGCACUACACAAAAUUCAGGAAUAGUAUGAAUGGCGCUCUGCAGGAAUUACUAGGCGAUGUCCACGAGACAGUUUCUGUGGUGCUUUCAAAUGAUGGUUCUGGCCUUGGUGCUGCCCUUAUAGCCGCUGCUAAUUCGCAGUAUUUUGAGGCAGAAGAAUCCUGA